AUCUAACCAAAGGCACCAAUCGUAUUGUUACACUCCAACUCCACCAUCCAGUCGCAAUGCAGUCAGCAAUCAUUUGGCCUACCAAGUUCCUGCCCGGAACCACCGACAACUAUGUCUCCAAUGAAGUAAUUGUACGCGACAUCACAGCCGCCCAAAUUUGGACCUACCUCGCCGACAUCACUCAAUGGGAGUCGUACUACAAUAACUGCAGUCAUAUCACGCCGCCAGUCGGAGGCAACAACCUCAAGAAGGGCGACAGCUUCAGCUUCUCGACUUUCGGUUUUCCCCCCUUUCCGGCAGAAGUCAUGGAGUCUCUGCCGCCGAGCGCGGGCUCACCGGGACGCUUGGCAUGGAGAGCAUGGGUAGAUGGGGACGAGAGCUCUAAGCUAGAUGUGUAUCACGCUUGGAUUGUGGAGGACUUGGAAUAUGGCGUGGUUAGAAUCUUGACGCAGGAGUCUCAGAUUGGACAGCCCGCGGCUAAGCUUGCGGCUACAAAGCCAAAUCCCAUGUUGAAUGGUCAUCAGGAGUGGCUCGACAGCUUGAAGUUGCCGUUGGACAGUGUUCUUCAUAAUGCUAUCGCUUUCUUCCAGUCCGUUAAGGGCGUCAGGUGCAACGGCGUUGUUUGGGAGAGAAGAGCUAGCUCAACGUUUGCAAUGCAUAAUCAUGCCGAGGCUACCAUGAUGCCCUGGCUACAAGAUCUUUCCCCGCCAAUCUUUUCAAUCAUCAUGAUCUUGGUGUUACAUACGAUCAGAUCUCGCUUCGCUCGUCUUCUCCUUCUCUUACCUGGUCGAUCAAUGGCUUGUGUGCCUGAAGGAAGGCUACAUUAA